AUGGGUUUUGAGACGGCGUUCUGGGUCAGCGCCACGAAGGCAUCUUAUGAUGACGGUACUAGAGUUAAUGCAGUCCAAGAUGCGAUUCGGGAGGGUAUUUCGAGGGCAUGGAAAAUAUCCAAAGAGUCUGAGUAUGGUGGUUCGUACGAAUUCAAGUUGUCGGGUAACCCUUUCUGUGCUAGUGGGGAAUCCACGGUAGCAGUCCGAGAGAUGGCUAGUUUGGUAUUCAAGACUCUAUCUGAUAACGGUAGUGACCCUCGUAGUAGAAGGCUAGGAAGCUACCUGGGGGUGAGUCUUAAUGAUGGGGAUGAUAUAAGGCUGGUUAUGGCCCCUGGCCAAGAGAUGGAUUUCGUGGCGCGUGACGAAAUCGGUCGAGCUAUUGUUGAAGCGUGGCCCAGAGGUAUCCAGAGGCAGGGUAUGUAUGGAGGUAGUUAUGAGUGGAAGCUGAAAGGAUAUCCAUGGCUGGCUGAUGGUAUCGAUACAGUUGAUGCUAGAGUCUGGAGUCGAUUGCAGCGGGAAAAUCGCUGA